AUGUUGCAGGACAAGCAUCCGGACAAUGACAUCUACCUCCCAUUUGUCAAAUCGAUGCACAAUAUUCUCUCUGCCGCUGAGCAAUCGGGCACUGUAAAGCGUAUUGUGUUUACCCAAGCUGGAGCAGCUAUGGUGCACCCUAACGACGGAGAUACACUAGGCACAGACAUGAAUAUGCCUCUCAACGAGCAUACUCCUGUGCAUUCUGGACUACUACCCCUUAAGCCACCUUUUGCCUCACCUCAUCACGCCUACUGCGCAGCAAAAGCCCAAUGCAUGACCAUUCUUAAGAACCUUCGCGCGUCUGGCAAAGCGCCAUUCUCAAUUGUUCAAGUCGUUCCCGGGACUGUGAUGGGGCCCUCUGAGCUAAUCUCCACGAAAAUUGAAGCGAGAAACAAGAUGGACCGCAUGUCUCGUGCACUUCUCUUCAACGAGCCAAAACCACGUUACCUAUUCGGUUUCGUGCAUGUGGGAGACUGCGCCAGAGUUCACGUGGAAGCCUUGGACAAGGUCAAGAUCACUGACGACGAGAUACCCGAUUGGUUCAUCGCGGCUGCAUCUAGUGAUAACGCGAAGAGUGGUGAGCAAACCUGGAAAGAAGCCGGCAACGCUAUCGAAAGAAAUUUCAAGGAUGAGAUUGCCAGCGGUACUCUUACAGUUGGGAGAGACAAUGUGCCUACAAACAUGCCAUUCUACGUGGACUCUGUGCUGACAGAGACGAAGAUUCUUGGCCAUGACAAGUUCAAGAGUCUCAACGAGUGUUUGAAAAUAAUUGCGGAAUGGUACAAAGACUUGGCAUGA